UGUCUUCCGUCCACGAUGCAGUCCAGCUCAGCGCUCAGUCACUCCCAAAGUUUUCAUCCGAUCUUCACGACCACCAUCUCCCAAACACCAUCUCCCUACCAAGCUUGUUCCCUUAACCUCCUCUAUGCUCUCCCGCCACUCAUAUUCAUUGACCCGUACGAACUGGCCAACCGCGCAGUCUCCUACUCUUUCCAACACGCUGGCCCAUCCAACCUAGAGCUCCCUGUCGCCGCCUUUGACCCGUCAACAAGCAACUCCUCGUUGCUGCUGACCGUGGGGCGUGAAGCAGACAGCGAAGUGGUUGUCGAGCUUCCGUUGCACGUGCGGUACGGCCCAGUCGCGCUUUCCAAAAACGCCAAGGGGUUCAUCGAUACCGAAAUCCCAUGGCCGAAAGCAUUUUACGCGUGCCCAGCGUCCGCAGACCAUGAACUCCUCUCCUCCGACUCUCCCCUCCCUAUAAUGCCUCCCUCCUUCACGACCUCCUUUGCCUCCCAGACCAUCCAUCUCGUUCCACCAGCCUCCGAUGCCCCUGCCUUCGAGGUUGUCCACACACCAGUGGGCAACGCGGCUGACGUCAGGACAGUCGAGCUUGGCACAGCCGUUGUCAUCAUCGUCUGUUUCCUGUACCUUCUUCGUGCGAUGCAACGUACUUUCAUGCGGUUAAAAAGCUCAGAACAAGUCGAGAAAGAGAAAGUGGAAUGA